AUGGCGGUCAUCGUCAUUGGCCUGGCCGUCGGUCUCCGCAGCCAAAUUAGCCCUGGCCUGCUAGGUGUGGCCCUGACCAGCGUAAUGGGCAUCGGCAUGACACUCAGCAUGCUCAUCCAGAUGUGGACGCAGCUAGAGACGAGUCUGGGCGCCAUUACCCGCGUCAACGAGUUUGCCAACGAUACACCGCGCGAAGACGACGGGCCGGACAUGCCGCCGCCGCAGUGGCCGUCACGUGGUGCGAUCAGUGUGCAGCAUCUGGAGGCCAAGUACGGCGACCGGGUGGUCCUUGAGGACAUCAAUCUGGAAAUCCAACCGGGCGAGAAGGUCGCCAUUUGCGGGCGGUCGGGCAGCGGAAAAUCAACACUCAUCUCCCUGCUGCUGCGGCUGUACUCGCCCUCGCAGGGCCAGAUCGAGAUCGACGGCAUCGAAACGGGACGGCUCAACCUCAACGCGCUGCGCGAGUCACUGGUGGCGCUGCCGCAGGACCCAAUGUUCCUGGCAGGCACGGUGCGCUACAACCUAGACCCGCUGGGCAAGGCGACCGACGAUGAACUCUUGGCGGUGCUGGACAAGACCAACCUCAAGAAGAUCAUUGACGACAAGGGCGGGCUGGACGCGGACCUCGACACGGAUUGGCUGAGUGCGGGCCAGCGGCAGUUGUUUUGUUUGGCCCGGGCGCUGACGCGCAAGAGCCGGGUGCUGCUGCUGGACGAGGCCACGAGCAGUCUGGACCGGGAGACGGAGGCAUUUGUGGACAAGCUGGUCCAAGAAGACUUUGCGGGGUGGACGGCGAUUGUGGUGGCGCACCGCCUGCGCACGGUGGCAGAUUUCGACAAGGUACUGGUUCUGCAAGAGGGACAGGUGAUGGAGUACGACUCGCCCAAGGCUCUACUGGCACGCGACAGCCUGUUCAAGACCCUGUGGGAUCUGCAGGAGGCGGAACGCGCCCGGCACACGCGGGAACGCCGAGGCGUCAACGACGCGCAGGCCCUGGACGCCGCGGACACGGAACUUGGAGUCGAGGACGGCAAGCGGAUCGGUGUCGCUGCCAAUGGCGCAGGAGCUGCUUGCGUGGUGGGAGUAGGCUUGCGUCUUGAGGAGCGCGCGCUGGGCCUCGUCGGUGCAGUUGCCGGCUCCGGUGCCCGGGCAAGGGUGCUUCUCGUUGAAGGGCAAGACGGGGUCGCCGGCGGCCUGCCAAGCGGUGCGCAGGAGCUUGGCGGCGUCAGCGAGAUGCUGGAGGUCUUCGGUGCCGUUGUUGAGGAAGAAGUUGAGGUUGAUAUCCGGGGGGACCUGCGGGUCGGCGCUUGCGAGCUUGACGGUGCCGGCCUGGCUGUGGGGAUUAAUGAGGACCAUGGCGCAUUCGUACCUGGGGGGACAGAGAGUGAUGAAUCCACCGCCGACGGGCUGCUGGCCGAGGGCAAGCAGGCUGCCUUCAUAAUUGUCGGCGAGGCGCUCGCCGACACCGGGCAAGUCCUUGACGACGGGGAUGUUGAGUUUCGACAGCUCGGCGGCCGGGCCGACGCCGCUAAGCUUGAGAAUCUGGGGACUGUUGAAGGCGCCGCCAGAAACGAUGACCUCACGGCGGGCCCAGACCUUGGAGACGGGGCCCUUUGUGGUGACGUUGGCGUUGGUGUGGCGGGGGUCGGCGCCAUAGAGCGACGGGCCGGACAUAAUCUCGACGCCGCGCGCGACAGGAAGGGCGGCACCAGCUCCCACACCACUACCCACGACACGGCUUGUCGCGUUGCCGGCGCCCGGCUGGUCAAAGAGAACACGCGUCGCCAGCGUGUUCAGCCGCACCGUCAGCGGGUAGUUCUUGGGAUCCUUAAGCGUGGCCUUGAUGUAGUUGUUGGGGCUCGAGCGCUUGCCGCCCUUGUCCUGGUGCUGGGCCAUGUUAUAGAAGCUCGACAACGUGUCCUUGUGCGGGUAGUCGCCCAAAAUGUCCUUGUCGACGAGGUUGGCCACGUCGCUGGCGUUUUGGCCCCGGGUCGGCUGCACCGCCGUCGCCAGCCAGCCGGCGAAACCGUGGCCCUCGGUGCCGGCCGGCAGGUACUGGUUCUUUUCGACUUUCACCAGGUACUUGCGCAUGUUGGGGGCCUCCCAGCUCGUGUCGCCCGUCAUGUUGACGACGAUGUUCCAGUCGUCGUCCGCGGGCAGCGAGCACACGCCGCCGUUGUGCAUGGCGCAGCCACCGAGGGUGCCGGCCCGCGGGUACUGGAUGCCGAGCGGCGUGGCUCCGGCGGGCGGCUCCGUGCCGACAUAGAAGGAGCCGUUGGUGGUGCGGUAGGUGUAGUGGGCAAACGCCUUUUCGCGCACGGGGUCGUCCGAGUGCUUGACCCAGAAAUCCCAGCGCGAGUCCGGGUCGUUGCCAGCCGUGUUGAAGUUGGCCAGCUCCGAGUAGACGGGGUUGUCGCCCUGGUCGUCGCCGGCCUCGAUGAGCAGCGUCGAGUAUCCGGCGCGCGCAAGAUCGCACGCCAGCGGACCACCACCGGGACCGCUACCAAUGACGAUAUAGUCAUACGUGGCAUUGUCACUAGCAGCGCGGUCGACGGCGACGCUUCCGUCAAGCAUACGGCCCGCAGACGCACCACCAACGAUCAAGGCCGUAGCCGCCAGUGA